CUGUUUCAGUAAAGAAUGGCAGCUAUUGAACGGAAUCCAGGACUACCAAUCGAAAUUGCACAUAGCUACCUAAUUCUUAAUUUCUAUUCAGUCUUUCUGGAUAUAAAUACAUGGGCAAAACUUGCAUAUGUACUCACAGGUAUUCAAAUAUUCAAGAAGAGUAAAACUAAAGUAAGAAAAAUGGAAGCAGCCAAAUGUGUAAAAGCCCCUCUCGGCGUUCUGAUCAUGGGUGUACUGAUUUUGGGGCUGCUUAUAGUACAAACUCCAGUAGAGGCUAAGAGCUGCUGCAAGAGCACUGUUGGGAGAAAUUGCUAUAACGCUUGCCGUUUACGAUUUGCCAGGCAAGUUUGCGCAUCAACAUGUAGCUGCAAAAUUGUUGGAGGGAACAGGUGUCCCAGAGGUUACCCCAAACUAAGCGGCUUUCUAAACUCAGAGGACUUUGAAGAGCAAACCAACGUAGAGGAUCAAGCAUAUCAAAUCAAUGAGUACUGCAAGUUGGGCUGUGUAUCAUCUGAAUGCGGUGAUAACAUAAUUACUACUUCACAGUCCUCCCAGAAGUCCGACCAAGAGGUGGAACGAUGUAACAAUGCAUGCUUGGAGCUAUGCAACAAGAAUUCCAACACUGAAGCUGCUGGUACCGCUUAAAACAGAUUAAUGCAUGAAGAUAUCACGUCCAAGCCAACCAAACUGGCCUAAUCUAUAAUAUCUUAAUUGUUGCCUUUUUAUUUCGAGUGAUUGUGGUGUGCGAGUGCUGUACAAAUUUGUAGUUCCUAUAACUGUCUUGUGACAGUGCUUUACCAGUUAAGUUGCAUACUUGUAUUGCAUCCUCUACUAAAUAAAGUCGUCAUGCAUGUAUGACGAAAAACGGAUUGCAGUAUGCAAGUUUCGUUAAGACUAGCUUCUACUA